CCGGAAGCAGGUCUCGACGAGGGUACCUCACCGCUGGCGGGCCCUGAGUAUCUGCAGUCGAAUGUCGGCCUCGAGUCCGUGGAGCAGCCCCUACGCAGUCAUCUCCAAAAUAUCUAUGAGGCAUCUGCUGCGCGCAGGUCAAUGCUACUGCCUCCAAGUCCUAGAAGAUAUCAAUCCACGCCACCUAAGCCCAGCUCCUUGCAACCGGAGGGUAGAGAUCCCUGUGGACCGGACGGUUCCAGCUCGGUUGGAUACGUCGGCAUUGACCCUACCACUCAGGUCUUCCAGCCACCGGCGUCCAUUUCGCAGGCUUUAGGCACUGUAGAUUAUGAAUCGGCAGUAGCGCAAAUGGUAUUUGGUGGAAUACGUCAGCCGGAUUUUUCCAACAUGCAAUCAGAAUCCUCACAAGCAGCGGAUCCUCGUUCAUCCGACCUCAAACCGCGCGAUACCAUCGCCUUAAGCGAUCGGCACGGCAAACAACACUCAGGAUGCUCCUGGGAGGUUGGAUCGGAAAUGGAUAUUCGGGAGUAA